AUAUGUAAAAGACGUUCCAAGAUUGUGAAUACUUACAGAAGUCCAGCGUCAUUGACAGUCAAAGCACUUCAGAAAGGUUAUAAACAUUUAGAACUGUUAUCAUUAUCACAUAUAAGAAGAGUAUUAGAUAUCAAUGAAACUGAAGAUUGUCAGAAUGCCUUUGCUAUACUGGUGAGACCUAUUGAUGGAUUAGAUAGAACAGACAGAAUCUAUAUGUUUAUGUUAACUGGUGAAGAUCAAAAUAAAUCCACAUGGCUGAAAACAUUAUGUAAACACAUGGCAAAUACUACAUGUAAAGCUGACUCAGAAAAUUUCCUGACGCAAAUUGAUCCACAAGAGCUGGAAAUCUCAAAAAGUGAUUUUGAUGUUGGCAAAUUUGGAAGAGCAAUCAGAGUGGCCAGGAAAGCAACAAAGAAGGUUGGUAGGACGUUCUCCUUCAACAAAACUCCUAGACGAAUUGUGCAAAGAGCUAAAUCUGUGAUGUCUACAAGUAUGAGUCCAUUAGUGAUGAAUAACCCGACAACUUCAUGCCGUACUGUUACUCCAAAAAGAGAUGAAAUGAUGGGAGCCAGACUAGCUAGUAGUUCUUCACUAAAGUAUGCCUAUUUAGUGACUGAACUUCUUCUGUCCCCAAGAAAAAAGAAAAAAUGAGGCAGCACUAGGGUCCUGCAAUUUUUAAGGAUGUGUCUCCUCUAGCUUCUGUCACACCC